UUAGAGCUAAACACACAUUUCAGCAACUACCGUGUAACCGUACACUUUCGCUUUUGUAAACGUGUUUACUUAAACAUGUUCACCUGAAGUAGUUCAGGGUCCCGUGUAACCGCGCCCUAACCGCACUCAACAGCUGAACAUGUUCACCUGAAGUAGUUCAGACUCCCGUAUAACCGCGCCCAUAGACUAAUACCUCGAUGGAACACAACACGAACACGCACCAAGAGUGCAAGAGUUGUGAUUGGAGUUGGUGUGCGGUUGUUGUUUUUUGUAAAUGUUUGGUUUAGUGAGAUUUUGUUUUUCCGAUGGCAUCUAAGAAGAUAUGUUAGUAAUUAUACUGGAAGAUUACGUGCUUCUAUCUCGAUACACAUUUAUAGAAUUGACUGUGCCACUGCUUCCUGCAGAGUGAUCGUUGUGACAAUGGAAGGUUAUGGUUUCUACAGAUAUGGAACCAGGAAGUCCAACUGAUAGAGUUGUUCCAGAGCGUAGGGCAAAAAGUUGGCGACGAGAACACGAAGAAAGGUGCAGCAGACGACUGCAGAAGAAAAAUGGCCAGGCUUCAACCACGGAAAGCUACCUUCCAGAUGAAGGUGUUUCUGGCGUGGAUAGCUCAUCCAAGUGUGAUGCCAGCGAUGGCGGUCAGAGCGGGACAGAGUCAUCGGAGUGUGAAACCAACUCUGUCGACGAGAGUUCUGCGAAUGCAGAGUGCCAAGACAGUCAGGCCCUGCUGUCUGAAUUCAGUCGCAGCAAGCUGACAGCAAACAGCACAGAUGUUUUUAGUGCCAUCAAGAACAUCUGUGAGUUAGAGUGCAGUAAGUACGAUUGUUUGUCAAAGGACAUAGUGUCCUUGGCAGAAGAUUCUGAUUUGGAAGGGAAAAUAGUGGAUGUAUCGGAGCUGGAAUCCACAAUAAUUCGAGAUUUGGGCGGCAGUGGUGGGGUUGAGUGCGAUCAGCACAGUAAUCACAGCAGUGUACAUGAGGUUGUCAACCACCUUGCUGAAAAUGAUGAAAAUGAUACCUCCCUGCCAAUAGAACAUCAGAUGGUGACAGAUAACGACAAGCUUGAUUUUUCUUUGAUCAAAGAUUUACAAGAGAAUUCUGUCGAAGGUGAAGAGCUAAAUGCAGAUGAUAGUGAAGUCAGCGCCACUCAAGUGGAUGAACUGAGCGUGGAAUUGGAAGUAUCAGGAAAGAAAAGCAGCAAUAUUUUCCCCGAAGGCUUUGUUGGAGCUGAUGCUCACUUACCUGCAGUUGUUUCCUCACGUGAUUCACUGUGCGAAGCAACGUCCAGUACAGACAGCAUCCAGUUAAUUGAGAAAGGCACCACAGAUGUUGAUACCAUCAAGGAUAUCUGUGUUAUGGUUGGUGAAACUUAUCAGAUUUCUGAAAAUGGGGUAGGUGAAUUAAACGACAGUGCACGAAAAGAUUCCUCAUCUGCUGACUUAUUAGAACAUUCCACUGAGAAAUUUGUAGAGCACCAAGGAAAACUAGAAGCUGUAGAAGUUUGCAGAGGCACGGUGGAUGCCGUGGUGGAAAGUGCGAGUAAGUUGGCUGGGUGCGGUGACACCAGUGCUGUAGAUGCAGGGCUGGAACAUGGCGUGGUUAUAACAUCUGCUGGAAAUGUGGUGAGCACUAGUUCUGGCAUGGGUAAUGCCCCGGAGAGACCAGACAUUUCCUGUGCUGAUCUUACCCUGCAGGAUUCGUCACCUGUAACCGAAACUAGUUUCGAUCGGAGAGAUGUUAUUUUGAUUACAUCAGAAAGUCAACCAACUUUGACUGAUGAAAGUGAUGACAUAAAAUACAAGAAUGAAUUGGAAAUGUACAUUGCUGAAGCAAAUGAACGCUUGACCACCAUGGCGAAGCUGAGGCAGCUUAAUCAGAAUGUGGCAAAUUUAAGACCAGAUGACUCUUAUUUUUCCAAGUUGGAUUCCAGUCUUAAGAAGAAUACAUCGUUUGUCAGAAAACUUAAAAUGUUUGCGGCCAGCCAGCUGGAGCCGCUGCUGAGGGACAUGGCGACCUUGAACCUGACAAAGUACGUGAGCGAGGUGGCAGCCGCUCUAGUGGAGGCGAAGCUCAAGAUGAGCGACGUGCCGCACGUGGUGAAGCUGUGCGGCGCGCUGCAUCGGGACUACGCAGACUUCGCUGCCCACCUGCUGGAGAACUGGCAGAAGGUGAUGGCCAUACGGAAGGAUGACAAGUCAUUCAACCAGAGUAAACUACGGGUGGAUCUGCGGUUUUAUGCUGAGCUGAUUAAUGCGGGUAUAUUUACCCACAAGGAAGGACUGCCAUUGCUGGGGAAUGUGCUGACCGUGCUCAUCAAUAUGGACAAGGAAGAACAUAACAACAUAAACAUAAUCUCUACAUUCUGCCGCUACUGUGGGGAAGACUAUGCAGGUUUGACAUCAAGAAAAGUUCGACAGAUGGCAGAGAAGUACAACAUGACCAUUCCUAGGAGUACUUUACUAUCAAAAGACAAACAACGUAAUGUGAGAACUCUGCUCAAGGACUACUACACAUCUCUUUGUAAACAUCUUUUAAAGGAACACAGAGAGUUGCAAGCCUUCGAGCGCCAGAACAAGAAAAUCCUGCAGACAAAGGGGGAACUGAGUUCAGAGCGGCGCGAGAGAGGAAAUGCCCUGCAAACGUCCGUGCAAAGACUGCACGCCGGAACAUUGACCUUCUCGGAAGUGCUUGACGAGGACUUGCCAUCACUUCCACAAGAAGAUGUUGUGGAUAUUGAAUCUCUCGAUUUAAAAGUUGGAAACAGUGAAAGCGAGGAUGGGAUAUUGUCUUCUAAUUUGUGGGAAGAUGAGGAUACCCAGAAUUUUUACGAAGUUUUACCAAACAUGAAAGAUUUCUUACCUAGUCUGACAAUUCAGUCCACUGAUCCGGAAGCACAGGUGUCUGAGGAAGCACUUGAAGCUGAUCUUGAAGAGAUAGAAGAAUGUUUAGUAGCAAAGGAUGAGGAAGAGGAACCAUUGCCACCAGAUCCAGAAGAAGUGGAGGAGCCGGAGUCUCAGGCAAACAUUAGCAACAAGAUAAUGCUGGAUUCCUUCCUGACCAACCUCCCGCAGUGCGUGAAUCGGGAGAUGAUUGACAGUGCUGCCGUGGACUUCGUCAUGACCCUCAACACAAAGUACAACAGGAAGAAACUGGUCAAAAUGUUAUUCAGUGUACAAAGAACACGCCUAGAUUUGCUGCCGUUUUAUGCAAGACUGGUAGCCAUCUUACACCCGGUAAUGCCGGAUGUUGCUGCAGAGUUGGGGCAGUUCCUGAAACAGGAUUUCAAAUACCACAUCCGCAAAAAGGACCAGAUUAACAUUGAAUCAAAAAUAAAAGUUGUGCGUUUUAUUGGAGAACUGGUGAAGUUCAAGAUGUACUCCAAAAUAGAAGCCCUGUACUGCCUCAAGUUGCUGCUUCACGACUUCACACACCAUCACAUUGAAAUGUGCUGUAAUCUCCUGGAGUCAUGUGGUAGGUUCCUGUUUCGUCACCCGGAUUCUCAUCAGCGAACUAAAGCUUACCUGGAGCAAAUGAUGCGCAAGAAAUCAGUGACGGCCCUAGACUCGCGCUACGUCACGAUGAUCGAGAACGCGUACUACCAUGUGAACCCACCUGAGUUGGCUCCAUGCGUGAAGAAGGAGCGGCCGCCCAUGCACGAGUUCAUCCGGAAGAUCCUGUACCAGGACCUGACCAAGCCUAGUACGGACAAAGUGCUGCGGCUGAUGCGUAAGCUCAACUGGGAGAGUGAUGAGCUGGCGGCCUAUGCCGUCAAGUGCCUCACACACGCUUUCAACGUCAAGUACUACAACAUUCGCUGCCUGGCCAACCUUGUAGCAGGGCUGGUGACUUACCAGGAGUUAGUGGGGACCCAAGUGGUUGACGGUGUCAUGGAAGACAUUAGGCUUGGCAUGGAGAUAAACCAGGUGAAAUAUAACCAGAGAAGAGUGGCGAUGGUUAAAUACCUGGGAGAGUUGUAUAAUUAUCGCAUGGUGGAGAGCGGUGACAUAUUCAAGGUUCUGUAUUCACUUAUAACGUUUGGAGUAUCAAUGAGACAUGAGGUACCUUCCAUUCUGGACCCUCCUGAUCACCUGUUCCGAAUACGUCUGGUGUGCAUAUUACUGGAGACGUGUGGCCAGUACUUUAAUAAUGGUAUUAGCAAGAGGAAGCUAGAUUAUUUCCUCUCAUUUUUCCAGAAUUAUUACUGGUUCAAGUUCUCGUCACCUCAUUGGACAGCAGAGUGCUCGUUUCCGAUAGGGAUGACGCACAUGUUCCGCGACACGAUCGUUAACCUGCGUCCAAACAUCCACCUGUACGCUGACUACGAGGAGGCUCAGAGGGGUAUCGAGGAGCUGAAGGAGGAGUUUGCCAGCACCGUCCUGCAACAGCUGCAGGACUCUGGCAAGCCCCCGGCUGGUGGCGCGGAGCUGGGGACCAUCGUGGAGAACGCCGCGGAGCUCGACGACCAAAAAAACGAGGACGACAGAAAACGAGGCGACGAUGGAGAGGCGGCUGGCAAAGCCCUGGUGAGCAGCGGAGAAGUGGAGGACAACGACACGACCCAACAUUCUAAAUCUCUGGACGUAAAUGGUACAGGUGCCUGUGGCGGAGCACCGAAAGAAGACGAUGAGGUGAAAGAGGAAGACGAAUAUCGAACUGUAGAUGGCAGGUACAACUUUGAUGAGGAUGAAGAUGGUGAUGAUCAGGAUGACAAUGAGGAAAGUGAAAGGACAUCUGAGUUUGACGACAUGUCUCCAGCUACAAGCCAGAGUCAGGGAGACGAUGUGAACCUGCUGGGAACCUUGCUUCACGGGCCGACGUGUGUGGAGUGUCCAGAGGAUGACGACUUCCAGAACGCCUUCGAGCAGAUGGUGUCCUCCAACAUCCAGGAGCGCAUGCACGAGACCAUAAAGCCACGGCAGGUGGACAUCUCCGUCCCGUUGCACGUCAAGAACAGCACCAAGAAAACAUAUGAGCAACUGCACGAGACAAAAUCGGAGGAGAAGUCAAUGGUGAAUUUUGUGCUAAUGGUGCGCAAGGGUCACAAGCAGCAGUACAAGAGCCUUGCUGUGCCAGUCACCUCGGAACUAGCUCUGAACCUCAGGGACCGAGAGGAGGCUGAAAGGGCAGAGAAAGAGCGAGUGAAGAGACUUACGUUGGACAUAAAUGAAAGGCUAGAAGAGGAAGAUUAUCAGGAAAUGAUGCAGCAGUUGCAGAGACCUGCAGUGGUGAAUCUUAACCGUGAACGAAGACACAAAUAUCAGCAUCCCAAAGGAGCGCCAGAUGCUGAUCUUAUUUUUGGCUCCAAGAGAGCAAGAUGACAAGCAGAGUAAUUUUUUUUUGCUGAAAAUGUAAAGAAAAUGAUCUCUUAACUUUUUCUCUCGUAAGUAGGCAGAUGUUUCAUCCAAUUAAAGAAAGGCAACAGCAGUCAGUGCAAAGUUAACAGAAGUGCAGAAACUUAAGAAAGUUGAGUUGUGAAGUUUUUAAGCUCUCUAUGUUUAGUGAUGUAACGGUUGAUAUUAAUGUCAUUAUCUUCACAUUUUAAAGUUAACACAUUGAAUCACUGAAAGUUUUUCACCAUUUAUUCUUUAACAAUUUGAAGCAGUUUAAGGGGAAGCAGAUAUAAUGGGUAGUAUUAUAUUCUGACAAAAAUUUUUUUUAAUCACAUUGCAUGAAUCAUAUGUACCAUGUGUUCUCUUUUGGAAAAUUAUUUGUAACUGUUCAUUUCUUUUUAUAUUUCUAGCUAACUAUAAAAUAGGAUAUUGUAGCUGUUUGAGACCUUUCAGUGUCUUUAGUCAGAAGUCGAAAGAUAAAUCAAUUUUAGUGAUUAAAAACCACAUUUUAUCAUAUGCUGUGCAAAGGUUUGGUAAUGAACAAAAUAGUAACAUUUGGCGGAACCAAAAAUAAAAAUUUACACAGUUUGUGUUUUACAUAAAAUUUUUUUCCAUAUUGUCUAUAAUUAUUCCUGGUGGAAUUUUUUCUCAUUCUUUCUUAAUGAUUAAUUUUGUAUGUUUAAUCUUUGUAGGUAAAAUAUAAUUUGUAUUUCUGUAAGAAUGUGAAGUUCAUUUGGUUCAGAGUUAAAUUCAAAUUUAUUUUAUGUACUUGUAAUAAUUUUUGCAAAUAAUUUUUUUGGAAGUAAAUAUUUUUCUAAAUAUUUUGGAAUGUUUGGAACUGUAUUAUAUAUAGCUUUGGCAAUGAUGAUGUUUUGGUUUGUGUUCAAAUAGGAACUCAAUAGGUUUAUUAAAGUUGAAGAAGUUGAUUGAGAAGAAAAGAAAACUAAUUAAAUUUUAUAUUUCACGUCAUGACUAAUUAGCCUGUGAUGUUACAAAUUUUUAGAAUUAUUUUUCAUUGAACAAAUUUUCUUGUGGUACAAAAUAAUUGUACUGUAAAGAUCUUCCAAAGUUUUAGUUGUGUUUUUAAUUAAAAUACUUAAUGAAGGUUAGUUUAUUCAAACUUUUCUUUUGUUAUCUGUUCUGAAAGUUAAAUUCAAAUACUUGUGUGAUUGUAACAAUUUGCUGAUGGAGGAAAAUAAAGUUUAAUUUUCUGAAG